AUGGCGGGAAGCAAUCAUGUGACAGGAGAAAAGCCUCGCAAAUCUCUGAUCCUCAAUGCCUUUGUUGAAAUGUGUAGUGGACAUCAAUCCCCGGGGCUCUGGCGUCAUCCCGAAGACGAAUCGCAUCGAUUUAACGACGUAGACCAUUGGAUUGAGCUGGCACAGUUACUCGAGUCUGCCAAAUUCCACGGUAUUUUCAUUGCUGAUGUUCUCGGUGGCUACGAUGUCUAUAAGGGACCGAGGAACCUGGAGCCUGCAAUCACUUCAGGUGCCCAAUGGCCUGUGAAUGAACCCCUGGCAGUCGUGCCAGCUAUGGCUGCGGCAACGAAGACUAUCGGAUUCGGCGUGACGGUCACAACAACAUAUGAGCAACCGUAUCACCUUGCCCGGCGACUUUCUACGAUCGAUCAUCUCACCAAAGGACGUAUCGGGUGGAAUGUUGUCACUGGAUAUCUCGAUUCCGCAGCCCGAAACCUAGGCGCAGCUGAGCAGCCACACCACGAUGACCGAUAUGCGAUAGCGGAAGAAUACAUCAGGGUCGCCUACAAGCUGUGGGAGUCAUCCUGGCGGCAAGAUGCAGUCGUCCUCGAUCGCGAGCGCGGCGUUUACACAGACCCCACAGGCGUCCGUCAGAUCAAUCACCAAGGCAAGUACUUCAAUGUGCCGGGACCUCAUCUCACCCAGCCCAGUCCGCAGCGCACGCCCGUGAUUCUGCAAGCCGGAACAUCCAAGGCCGGAAAGAUCUUUGCCGCACAGCAUGCCGAGGCCAUCUUCGUCGCCGGACACAGUCCUGCCAUUGUAGCCAAGAACGUUGCGGAAAUUCGUCAACUUGCGCAGACUGAAUUUGGGCGGGAUCCGCAGAGUAUCAAAUUCUUAGCACUGCUGUGUCCAGUUCUCGGCCGGACCGAGGAAGAAGCCCAGGAGAAGUUCGAGUCGUAUCGACAACUUGGCUCGAUCGAUGGAGCUUUAGCGCUAUUUGGUGGAUGGACUGGAAUCGACCUGGAUAAAUAUGGUGAUGAUGAGGAGCUGCGACAUGUUGAGAGCAAUGCUAUCCGAUCCGCUGUCGAGGGCUGGUCCAAGGCAAUGCCUGGAGUUGCCAAGUGGACGAAGAAGACCGUUGGCGAACACAUCACCGUUGGUGGCCUUGGUGCCACUCCCGUCGGCACACCGCAGCAAGUCGCCGACAACAUGGAAAGAUGGGUCGAAGAAGCCGAUGUGGACGGAUUCAACCUGCCUGGCUCUUUCAAAGAUAUUAUCGACCUGCUCAUUCCGGAGCUUCGCAAGCGCGGUCUUUUCCAUGAUGAAUAUGCAGUGGAGAGGGGAACUUACCGUGAGAACCUAUACACAAGGCCUGGCCAGACUGGUCCGGCCGCAGACCACCCGGCUUCCAAGUACCGAUGGAAUACGGGUGUUGACGCGGCUGAAGCUCGAAUUCCCCAAGACUAA